AUGGCGGAUUUCUUCUCCAACCAAAGGAAGAGCCUGCCCAUUGCCCUGGAGGUCGACGACGUGAAGGGCAAGACUUACAUCGUGACUGGUGCUACCGGCGGCCUCGGCUAUGAAGUCGCCAAGCGUCUUGUUCGUCUUGAAGCUGCCAAGGUGAUCAUUGGUGUGCGCAAUGCGGAGAAAGGCGAGUCUGCAAAGACAGCCAUCGAGACUCAGGCUGGCCGCAAGGAUGUCAUUGAGGUGUGGGCUCUGGACAUGGCCUCGUAUGACUCCAUCAAGGCCUUUAGCAAGAGAAUGGAGACAAUCGACCGAAUUGACGCCCUUGUUUUGAACGCUGGCGUCUCGCAUGCGGCGUGGCAGGUCAAGGAGGGUAGCGAGGCCCAUAUGACUGUCAACUUCAUUUCCCAGUAUCUACUUACCUUUGCGGCUUUCCCGAGUCUUCAAGCCAGUGCAAUCAAAUACGAUAUCAAGCCACGCGUUGUCCUCGUUGGCUCCAUGGGCGGAUUCUUCGCCUAUGAGAGUCUCAACAAGUUCCCCCAGACGGGCAUCCUAGACGAUCUCAACGACAAGGCCAAGUGGGAGGCCACAUAUGACAAUCGAUAUCCCGUGAGCAAGAUGUUUGAGCACUUUGCCGCGCGAGAACUGGCGUCUCUGAAGCCUGUUUCUGAGACUGGCGUCAUUGUGAAUGUCGUCGAUCCUGGAUUGUGCAAGACUGAUCUUAACCAUGAGCUGAGUGCCUUUACGCGCUUCAAGGCGUGGUGCGCAAAGCUGGUGAUGGGGCGGAGUGCUGAGGAGGGCAGUCGGACGCUGAUUCACGGUAUUGCGGCUGGUGAAGAUAGUCACGGCAAAUAUUUGACUUCUUGUGAGAUCCGAGAGGAUCACAUUCCGGACUGGGUCACCAACGAGUCGGGCAAGGUGCUCCAGAAGCAGAUCUGGACAGAGCUCCUGGAGAAGCUGGAGACGAUUCAACCUGGUGUUGUGACGGCUGUUCUUCAUGAUUAA